UUCAUUCCAAAGAAAAAGCUAAAACAAAACAACAUAUUAAAAUAUCGAAAAAGGAAAAAAGAAAAAAGAGACAUAAAGUAAGUACACAAGCCCUCACCCCUAAAGAGUAAGUUUGUCCUUUAAAAACUGAGUCCUUGUCCAGAAAACUGAUCAUCAGCUCUUAUUCUCACUUAGUAGAGCCAACAUCCAAAAUGCUUAUUUCACCUUAUCUUGUUCAUAUUUUGCUCUGCAUAUUUCUUUUUCUUUUUUGCACUGAUGGAACACAAGUGAUUCUUGUAAACAACUGCAAGGAGAGCAUAUGGCCUGGAAUUCUUGGCGGUGCAGGGCAGACUACUCUAAAAGAUGGCGGCUUUCACCUCAACAGUGGCGAGCAAAUAGUCCUCGACGUGCCUGAGAAGUGGUCGGGUAGAAUAUGGGGUAGACAGAAUUGCCAUUUUGACGAGAAUGGGAAAGGAAAAUGUGAUACGGGAGAUUGUGGUAGCCAACUACAGUGCCGGGGGAUGGGAGGUGAACCCCCGGCUACUGUUGUGGAAAUGACAUUAGGCUCAUCGACUUCGCCUUUACAUUUCUACGAUGUGAGCUUAGUCGAUGGGUUUAACUUGCCUGUAUCGAUGAAACCUGUGGGCGGAGGUGUUGGUUGUGGAAUAGCAGAAUGUGAAGUUGAUUUAAACAUAUGUUGUCCAUCUGCAUUGGAAGUUAAGUCUGGAGAGAAAGUUGUAGGGUGCAAAAGUGCAUGUUUGGCUAUACAAUCACCAAAAUACUGCUGCACAGGAGAGUAUGCAAAUCCCAAAACUUGCAAACCAACUGUUUUUGCUCAUCUCUUUAAGGCUAUUUGCCCAAAGGCUUAUAGUUAUGCAUUUGAUGAUGCUUCCAGCCUUUACACAUGUAGGGCAUCUAGAUAUUUGGUAACUUUCUGUCCUCCCAAGUGAGAGGUUUAUAUUUUGUCUAGCUUUUUGUAAUUCUGUUAUUCUGUUUUAAUGGAAAAAGUAGUUUAAAAUGA